ACUUUAUUAUUAUUUCAGUGUAUCCUCCUACCUGAUGGGUAGUGGGGAUAAACUAGAGAUACAGACAGAUAUCAGUAACCGUGGAGAGGACGCUUUUAAUGCUCUCCUAGAGGUUCAAAUACCACGCGGAGUAAGUUACGUGAACGCAAACACAGGAGAGACGGGUGUUAGUAUCCUGUGUUCUCCUCCCUCAGUGAGGAAUAACAACACCCUGCAGUGCGAGGUUGGAAACCCACUCAGAGCUGGAGCUCAGGUUACUACUUCUAUCAUUCUUCAACCUUCUACCGAAGGUUUUGAUGAACCUGUCUCGGAGUUUUCAUUUCAUAUUCUGGCAAGAUCAAGUAACCCGGAGAAGGGAGAUGAUGAUCGUGAUAAUAUGGCAACCUUCAGUGUUCCCAUCAGAGUAGAGACAGAUUUCCGAGUGACCGGACUAUCCACCCCGCCUCAGGUUGAGUACAAUAUCUCUGUUCCUCUCCCGGAUAAAUACGAGUUCGAGGAGGAUAUUGGAGAGGUCGUUACUCACGUGUACGAUGUCAAGAACAAGGGACCGUCCUCAAUCAGCGAGGCUGAGGUGUAUAUUCUGUGGCCGAGCUUUAAUGACUACGGAGAUCAUCUGUUGUACCUGCUGGGGUUCGACUACGACAAUACAAGAGCUAAAUGUGAGUCCGUCAAGAAUCUGAAUCCUUUAAGUCUGAAGACAAUUGGAAGCCAGGGAUACUACUCCUCUGCCCAGGCUGGGGGAGGGGCAGGGGUUGGGGGGUUGGAGGAGGGGAUGGUUAUCUUUGCCCGUGAUCUCAACUCAAACCUCAGAACUUUUGGUUGGUCUCUCUCCGGCGGGAUGGACCUGGAUCAGAAUAAAUAUCCUGAUCUUCUGAUCGGAGCUUAUGAAUCCGGACACACGGUGCAUAUGCGUGCAGCUCCAGUCGUGCAUAUAACUGCAGAAAUCAGCUUUGAUAGAACCAGCAAACAGAUUAAUCUGGAUGACACAGCCUGUACUCUCAAGGAUCGAAGAACAAGAGUGCCCUGUGUUCCUGUCUCCAUAUCCCUUCGCUAUACUGGAGUAGGUGUACCAAACAAGCUGGAGUUUAACCUGGAGUACGUCCUGGACGCUAAAAAGGAAAAACAGAAGAGAAUGCAUUUUAUUGACGACGAGGGAGAAAGUGUUCGAACCACGAAGAUCGAAAUGUUAAAAGAGCGCGCAUUCAAGGAUAAAUUCAAGGUUUAUCUUCUGGGUCCAAACAUAAAGGAUAAGUUGACCAGCCUGGAUAUCCAGGUCAGAUACUCCCUGGGUUCAUCAGCAGGAAUCGGAGUAGAACUAACUCCCGUCCUAGGACAUGGAGAUCAUGUUGCGUCCGACAGUAUUAAUAUACAGAAGGAGUGUGGUUCAGACAAUAUCUGUAUCCCUGAUUUAUCCAUCAAAACCAGAGAGAAUGCCCGAUUCACAAAGGAAACAAUUGGAAGCCAGGGAUACUACUCCUCUGCCCAGGCUGGGGGAGGGGCAGGGGGUGGAGGGGGCGCAGGAGGAGUAGGAGCAGGUGAAGGGGGAGCAGGGGGAAGGGGAUAUUACAGAGAAACAUCUUCAUCACAGUCCCAGUCUACGUAUGUCCAAGAAUCAAGUGGAACGAGAACUGCUGGGUUCAGGAAUGAGGAUGAGGAUGAGGAGGAUGAAUAUCUACCGGGACCUGCAUCUAGCAAUCGAUAUGAAUCUUCUUAUACCAGAACCAUGUCACAAGGAGGACAGGAAAACUCUUUUGGAGUGCGACCUCCAGUAGUUGCAGAUGGAGCAGAGGAAACUAGACUCUUUGAUACUCAGGGUAGACCUCUAGAGAAUACCAAGAGUUUAGAUAGUUCUCAACAAUCUAUUUCAUCUUCCAGUUCUACUAAUGAUAGAUCCAAUAUUGUCAGCACUGAAAACAAGGACGAAAGUUCUGCUCAGGGGAACAAUUUUGUUUACUCCGGGUGGAGAAUGCUUCCUAAUGGAACCUAUAUCCGAGUAUAUGAUAACAAGAAGAAUACUGAGAAGACUAGGUACUCUGGAGCCUCCAGUGUGUCUCGGCAAUCAGGUGUAGGAUCAAGUUCUCAGGAAGUAAGACUCACUGGUAAUGGUGGAAGCUCUGAGGAGGAAUCUACAGGAAGAAUUAACUAUGGUUCAAACUCUGCUGCCUCUGGCUCCGGUCAAUACGAUUCCUCAAACUCCAAUAGAGGUGGCUUGGAUAUGGAAAAUUCAGGUUGGAUAAAGUUACCAGAUGGUACCUGGAGCAGACAAUCAUCUUCACAAAUCUCUCAGACAAUUUCAAGAGAAAGUUCUUAUUCCGGAGGUAGCUCUGGUGGUUCCUACUCAGGAGGUAGCUCAAUUGGUUCCCAGUCAGGGGGAAACUCUGGAGGUUCCUACUCCGGGGGUAGCUCUGGAGGAUAUAUAUCCGGGGGUAGCUCUGGAGGUUCCUACUCUGGGGGAAACGCUAGAGGUUCCUACUCAGGAGCUGUCUCCGAAUCCUCUGGUGCAUCAAGUGGUCGAGGUGGAGGAGGAGGUAGGGGAGCAGAAUCAAUCAAUCUUGGAGAAUCCGAAACCUUAAAUACAAUUUUCAAUGCUGCCAAGGGACCUGGAGAUUAUCAUGGUACCAUGAGUAAGACUGAGCUGGAGAGAGAAGCUGGAGGAGCAGUUUUCAACCGAGGAGUUGGAACUGAAACUAGACAACAAGUUGAGAACACAGAAUACCGAGGUUCAGGAUAUGUUUCCGGUGCUGACAGUGAGGUCAGAGGUGCAGGAUAUAAUUCUAGGACUGGUAUUGAUACAAGGACUCAGUAUAGAGGUUCCGGUUCGUCCUCAUAUGAAGAUGAGACAGAGAAUGCCGGAUCUUCCUACACCGGAGAAGGAGAAGAUUAUGUAACUACAGUCCGAGGCAGGUGGGUUUGGUCUGAAGAAGAGAAGAAAUGGAAAUGGGAAGAUAAAGGUGGAAUUCAACAACAAAACUUUGAUCAGUCUUAUUCAGACUCCGGGUCAAAUGAUUCCGGUUGGACAAUUCUCCCGAAUGGAACUUAUGUCCGGAAAAUGUCAACCUGGUCUAGUCAAUCCAGUGGGUACAAUAGUAAUUCAGGACAGGGAUAUUCCGGAGCAGGACAAGGAUAUUCCGGAGCAGGACAGCGAUCAAACCAGGGAUAUUUUGAAGCUGGAUCAAUCGGCGCAUCCAAUUCCGAGGAAUCUCUUGGAGGUGACUCAGGUAGCUCUGACUCAGGUUGGGUUCUCCUGGCUAACGGAACCUAUGUGAGAAAACAGAACAAAUGGUCUUCCUCAUCAGACAGUUCUUUCCGAGCUGGAGUUGGAUCAGGGAUGGUUGUACCUCAGGAUCAGUUCGGAGAUGAGGGCGGAAACACAACCGGUUGGAUCAGGCAGGCAGACGGAACUAUGGUGAAAAAGUCAAGCUCCUGGGCAUCAUGGUCCUCUUCCAGCUCAGGAGAGCUAGAGGAUGAUCAUCUUCAAUCUAUCCAGAGACAAUUAGAGCAGAGAGCGAAAUCUAAACUAAAUAAACUCCCGGGAAAUGUUGAACCUGGGUUUGAAUCCCAGUACAAUCUAAGAUCUCAUAGAAGUUCUAAUUCCAGACCUAAACGAUCCCUAGCUGAGUUCCAGUCUGAGCUCAGUGGAUGUGAUCCUAGAAAAUGUACAAUUAUCAAGUGUACAAUCGGACCCCUGGAGAAGGAUGAAGGAGUUAUUUUCAAAGUUAGAUCUAGAUUGUUUACAGAGACUCAGAUAAAGAAUUAUGCUGAGAAGGUUCAGAUAUCGUCUAAAUUAUUAACAAGAGUAACUAAACUACCUUUCUACGUACAGGAGGAAAUGCUGGCUUUUCAGAGUCAAACCGUAACCACCACUGUGAUACCAAGUGAGCCUGGAGAAGUAGAAACCCCGUGGUGGGUUUGGUUGUUGGCAGCUCUUGCAGGAAUACUUCUUCUAGCUCUCAUCACAUACUGCCUAUACAAGUGUGGGUUCUUUAAAAGAAGAAGACCUGAUGAUAGCCCAGAAGCUGAACCUUUAAACGGCAGGAAUGGGUAAGAAUCUAUAAUUAUAUACUUAUUUACUAAAG